GGCGAGGGUGAUGAGGAUGAGGAAGAGGAGCUAGAGGGCGGCCCUGCGGCCACAAAGGAGUCCAGACUGCCUCCCAUCUCCAGCUGCGCCCCAGAGCCCAAACGGAAGGGGAAGAAGAAAAAGAAGAAGAGAAAGACUGAGAGGUCAGGCAAGGGAGACGAUAAACAUCACAGCCGAAGCCUGAAGCAUCAGCAGCUGUCUUCAUCUUUCCACAAUGUCCUGAGUCCCGGCAAAGAUCAUGGCCCGAGACCAGAGCACAGGCAGGACAAAGAGCCAAACCAGCUCGCCCCUUCUUUCUCCUCCUCCGUCAAUCUCCCCAACUUUGGCAAAUUAGAAGAGAAACUCUCCAACAAGAUCAACGAGAGCCUGCGCUGGGAUGGAAUUCUCGCCGACCCAGAGGCAGAAAAGGAGCGGAUUCGCAUAUACAAGCUCAACCGGAGGAAGCGGUACCGGAUCCUGGCCCUCAAGGGCAUCCACUCUGACCCCUGUGCGGAGGAGAAGCCGGAGAACCCAGCCUGCCCCUCCCAGGACAGCACCAACAGCAGGCAGCUCGCGUUAAAAGUCGCCGGCCCUGACGACUACCUGGAGGGAAGCCUGGCCCUGGGGCUCCCACACUGAUCUGGUCGCCACUCUGCCCGAGUGAAAACCCACCCGUGAGACUGACAAGCUUAUCCUUUAUCCUUACCGCAAGUUUAUGUGUUAGAAAAAGGAGAAGAAUAAAAGGAAAUCAGACCUACCUCUGCAGGAAGCAGACCUCUGGUGCGUUGUUGAUGAGGUCACUCGCCUGCCACCGCGGUGCCCUCAGGGGCCCGGGACAGCCACCGCUCCUUCACACACGCAGUUUAGCGAACGAGGUCUUUUUCUGCCUUUCCUUUUGCUCAGAUAAGCUGGCAUCUCUUUGUCCUUUAAUUUCUCAUCACAGUUAGAUAACUUGCCACCUCCCCCCCCCCAAAAAAAAGGGAACGUGUAUAGAUCCUAGCAAUUCUAACUCUUAAACGAAUUUUGUGGGUAAAGCUCCAGACACAGCACCCUCUGUGGGCUCUAGGAAAAUGCUGCAAAUAUCCUGGAGAUCUUUCCUAUUCAUUAAACACGCUCCCUGCCCUGAUGUGGUCUUCAGGACAAGUGAGCCCCAGACGCCAUUCCUGGGAGGUUAUGCUGAGAAGCCGCAAAGUGAAUAUUGCUUCUCUUAUAAGCACGGUCCCCCCCGAAUCCCCCCAAAUGGCGUUUUAAGCAAAGUUUUGCAAAGGCUCUGCUAU